AUGUUUGCGGUUCUCAGCAAUAUUGAAUGGGAUGAGUUGAUCUUUAAGUAUUCUCCUUCGUCUUCUCCUACUUUUGUUGGUAAUACCGUGAUAAUAAGUAUAGACGAACAAGAAGUGAAUUCGGGUUUUGACACCAACAACCAGAAUGAUAAAAAGAAGAAAUGUGAGGAUGAUAAUUUGAAACAUGAAGUAGAAAAUUUUAUUCAUGAAUGUGAAUAUCCAGCGGAAGAAGAAGGAAAAUGUUACUCAGUUCGCUAA